AUGACUCCUGAUGAGUUGAAGGAAUUAAAAGAUCUCCUAGAUAAGGGCUUCAUCCAGCCGAAAAUUUCCUCGUCGGGUGCCCCAGUGUUAUUUGUUCGAAAGAAAGAUGGUUUGUUGAGGAUGUGUAUCAAUUACUGGCAGCUGAAUAAAGUGACCAUUAAGAACAAGUAUCCACUUCCAAUGAUCGACGAUUUGUUUGACCAAUUGCAAGUCGCUAAGUACUUUUCGAAGAUCGAUUUCAGAUUCGGAUAUCACCAGCUAAGGUUCAAGGAAGAAUAUAUUUUGAAGACAACCUUUCAAACUAGAUAUGGCUAUUACGAGUUGCUUGUCAUAGUUUUUGGCCUAACCAAUGCACCAACGGCUUUUAUGGACCUUAUGAAUCGGGUGUUUAAGUCAUUUUUGGAUAUCUUUGUGAUCGUGUUCAUAAAUGAUAUUUUGGGCUAUUGA